AAUCAUUUCUCGACCAUCUCUCAUUCAUCAACGAAUGGUUCGCAGAAGAAGAUUAAAGAAACGACCGAUCGCCGCUCCGACGAGGAGGUCAUUUUCUGUUUACUGAUCGCCGCUACGAAAAAAAUAACUAUCCAUGAUACCGGCAUUUCGAUCGCAUAAUUUCCUUAAACAGCUUCAUUUCGCGAGACAAACAAUCACUUAGCGUGACAAAUCUGACACGAGCUGGAUGUAAUGAAAACGUUGUGGAUGUACUUGAGUCGCCUGUUACGUAAAUCCGCUAAAUCAAGGAAUUAUCUCGUUUCCUGCUGUACACUGUCAAGCCUUAGCACCUGCUAUUUUUCGACAUGCGUUCUAUAUAAAUACCGCCCUAGGAGAACCACGGUCACCAGUCGGUGAUACUAUUCAGCCAAAUCCGUUUUCCGAAUCAGUCGAUCGGCGGUACGUCUUUUCACGAUCAAAGUUCAAUUUUCGCUCGAACCCGAACCAUGAAGGCCAUCCUCGUUGUUACUUGCCUGCUGGCUGCCGCGACGGUCGUACACAGUAUAGACCAAGAUACCAUCAUACCAAAGUACAUGGAGUAUUUGAUGCCGGACGUGAAACCGUGCGCUGACGAAUUACAUAUCACAGAAGAGCAAGCUUCGAACGUACAACAGGCCCGCGAUGGAGUCGACCUUAGACAAAUGGGUUGUCUGAAAGCGUGCGUCAUGAAACGAAUGAGCAUCUUGACGGGUCUUGACUUCCACGUGGAGCCGAUAUACAAAAUGAUAGAGACGGUGCACGCUGGCAACGACGAGGACAUCAAACUAGUAAAGAAUAUCGCAACCGAGUGUGUCGGAUCAAUAAAAGGUGAGACUGACGAGUGUGUCAUGGGCAACAAAUACACCGACUGUUAUAUACAGAAUCUUUUCCAAUAGUUCGGUAGACUACUAAACGCUGCUCGCCGGAGGCCGUAACAUUGUAACGAUCAGAAUUAAUCACGUGCACAACGUUCAAUAAAAUGAUUUAAGAAAAUUCUCA